AUGAUGAUGCAGGGUCUGAGAUCUUGCCGGUCGGCCGGGCUACUCCGGCAGCAGCUGAAUCGAAUUCUCUGCCACAGCCAACGUCCAUCUCCGGUUCGACCCGUCUCGCCACUUGGGCAUCCAUUCCAUGAUGUCCGUCCGCUUAGUCAUACAUUCCUUGCUGUCCGUCCGUUCAGGACUGAACCAUUCUGCUCACUUCAUUUGAAGCCCCCAGCAUUUCAUCUUGGAUUUGUCUCCGUGCGACACAAAAAUGCUUACGUUGUCGAAAGACUGGGGAAGUACUUGAAGACGUUGGACGAGGGCUUUCAUCUGCUUAUUCCACUCGUUGACCGGAUAACUUUUGCGUAUAAUUUGGAAGACAAACCUGUAUUCAUCCAGCAGCAAACGGCUAUCAGUCAGGAUAACUGCAUCCUAUCCUUUGAUGGACAUUUCUCUGUCAAGGUGGUGGACCCUUUUAAGGCAUCAUAUCGCCUCUCAAACCCACUUUUUACAAUUGUCUGGAAGACUGGGAACCACAUGAGACAUGAGAUGGCUAAGAUGAGCAUAGAAGAGAUCUUUAAGUCACGGACUAUCUUGUGCCAGAGAACGGAAGAAACAGUCAAUGAGGCGGCUAAGGAGUGGGGACUUGUAUGCCAUCGAUUUGAGUUAGGCACAAUUGUUGAGCAUGAAACGGUGGAAGAAUCCAUUAUGAAGCAGGCUGCAACUAUUGCAGCCCGUGAACUGAGAAGGAAGUUAGGAGAGUCAGAAGCCAUCCUUGCUGAAUCUCAAGCGACAGCAAAUGGAAUAACCAUGAUGUCAGAAGCACUAAGCUCUGAACCCAGUAACUUGGCUGAUUCGAAAGGUGGCGUGCAGUCCCAGGAGGGUGCAAACUCACUUAUCUUCGACAGUGUUAAAUUACCGCCCCCGCCAAUUACUAUAGGAAUUGUGGUUGUAGGUAGUGGUUUUGUCUAUGUAGUCGAAGAACUGGGUGCGUUUGCAAAAAUCUUAACCGCUGGAAAAAUACAUAUUAUUAACCUUGCUACCCAGCGGGUAGCUUAUUGCUACUCUCUCCGUGAUCACUCAAUUUCUCUCAACUCUAUGGAAGUUAUCACGAAAUUCUUUGGGAGAGUGUGGCUGGAUCUUGUUGUCUACUUUAAGGUAGUUGAACCUAGUCUGACAGCAGUUAAGGUGGAUGUUCCCACUUUUCGUGUGGAGCAACGGGCCAAGUCAAGUGUGCUUAGAGUAGCCCAAGAGUUUACUCUUGAAGAGCUGAUGAUUAAUAGAAAAGUAGUUUGCCAGAAAGUUAUGGAUUUGAUAAAUGAAGUUGCUGAGGGUUGGGGCCUCAAAUGUCUACGUGUUGACCUUGGGAGAAUUGAUAUACGUGCGUGGGACGAUGGAAAAGCAAGCAAAGAGCGAGAAUCAGUCAAUGAGGCGGCUAAGGAGUUGGGACUUGUAUGCCUUGGAUUUGAAUUAGGCAAAAUUGUUUUUAGUGAAAAGGUGGAAGCAUCCGUUAGAAGGCUAGAUAGAUCAGUCCGUGAAUGGAGAAGUUUGUUAGGAGAAACAGAAUCCAUCCUUCCGGAAUCUCGAGCCACGGGAGAAGUACAAGUUUCAGCCUCUGAACCCAGGUAUUUGGAUGUAGAGUCCCCUGGUUUAGAUUGGUUGCAAAGGGCCAUAAGGUUCUACGAAGUUGCCAACUUGGACUCUUUUGGAGAUUAUUUUUGGAACCAAGUUUUGAGCUUUUUUGCCAAGCGGAUAGUCCGCUGCAUGUUUGCUCCGAAACGUUUAAAGUUACGUACCUUUGACAGUGUUCAAUUAAAACCGCCGCUGAUUCGUGGAGAGAGUGUGAAAGUCGAGGAAGGUGUUGUCUAUGUCGUUGAAGAACUAGGGGUGCUUGUAAAAAGUUUAACUCCCGGAAAACAUAGGAUUGACCUCCUCACCCAGUAUAUACCUUUUGCAUAUUCCGUCCAGGUGCAUACGUUCUCUUUGAACAAUAUGUACGCUUCGACAAAACAUUUUGAGAGAGUGUGGCUAGAUUCUACAUUCUCUUUCAAGGUGGUUCAACCUAUACUGACAGCAUAUCGGGUGGAUGAUGUAACUUUUUGUGUGACACAACGGGCAACCUCAAGUUUGUACGAUGUAGCUCAGCAGUUUACUGUCCAAGAGCUGUUGAGUAAGAGAGAUGUAGUUCACCAGAAAAUUAUGGAUUUGAUUAAUGAACUUGUUCAGGUUUGGGGCGUGGAAUGUGUCGCUUUUGAGAUCAAGAAAAUUGAUGUAGAUGGGAGACAUGCUAGCGGCGAUCAAAGAUAG